UUUAAAUUUCUACAAUAAUGUAAUCGGGCGAUACAGUCAGUGUAACUAUCAAUGGUUAAGAAUUAUUUUUAACGCAGCGUUCGAAGAAUUCGCGAUUCAUUUAUUAGGUUUAGAGCUAUUGAUAUGCCAAAUUGUCUAAAUAUUUUGAACAGCAGUUUCCUCGAACCAACUCCUCUAACUCGGUUGCACUAUGUGCGUCAGUUCUGUUUUACUUCUGAUCGAGAAAGCUUCUGCAUUUUGAUUUUCUCGUGAAUUUCAUUAAUCGGGCAAUUUUUCCUCCCUUUAAGUAUCUCUGUAGUUGAUAUGGAAGCUAUUAAAGAUUUAGUAGGCCAAGUAAUACAUCUAUUUUCAUUCUGAAAUAAACAAAUCUCUUUUUCCUCAUUGCAAACAUUUUUUCUAUCCUAGAAAUUUUUAACGACCACAUUCGUAUCACGAUAAUGUCUAACAGCCUCAAUGUCGAUAAUAAGAGUAUCGAGCAGAUUAGAGAUCGUAUAAGCCUCUCGUUAAAAAUGCAACGGAGCUUCAAGAAGAUGAAGAGGAGUAUCCGAAAGAUAACUGAGAACAUGCAAGACGAUGAGAAACAACCGCUGUACAUAUUUCCGGAACGGCUCUCUUAUUUAACGUACCAAACGGGAUUUUCGAAGGAUGAGAUACGAAAGCUGUAUCGGGUCUUUAAACAGCAUUGUCCGAAAGGGGCCGUAACCACGAACGAUCUGAAACCAGCGUACGCAAAAUUAUUUCCGUUAGGAGACCCGGCGAAAUACGCGCAAAUCGUUUUUAACGCUUUUGAUAAAGAUAGGGAUGGUGUCGUUAGCUUCGCGGAUCUCCUUAAUGAAGUUGCUUUAAUUAUUAAUGGUGAUAUAGAUCAAAAACUCUCCUGGAUUUUCAGAUUUUAUGACUUAAACGGAGACGGUUAUAUCACAAGAAAGGAAAUGCUAGUUAUAAUGUCCGCAAUUUACGAGAUGCUACAUAACGGACAGAUUAUUCAACGGAUGGCAAACAGACACGUGGACAAAGUUUUCGAAAAGAUGGAUGUUGAUAAGGAUGGAGUUAUAUCUCAGGAAGAAUUUAUGAGUAUUUGUAAAAAUGAUAGCGUAAUUCAAAAACAGCUGGCAAUAUUUAAUCAGUUUUGGUGAUGGCAUAUAUGUAUACAUUGAAAUUUCUAAGUUAUGCUAAUCCUAAAAAAAGAAGGUAGCUUGAAAAGUUUUCUGUUUCAUAAAUAUUCUUAUUUGCAUGAUAAAAUAGUACAGUUACAAACACAGCUUUCCCAAAAGUUGGAUAACAACGUUAUACAUAAUUAUACAUAAAGUUAUUAAUAAUUCAAUGAUACUUCAAAAGAGAUAACUUUUCUCUUUCCCCAUGAAAGAUAUAUAUCUUCACUUUCCUAUGUGCGAUAGUUCGUACUUUCAAAAUAUUCUUUUCUGUAAAAUGUAAAAAACGCAGGCAAGGAAAAAUGCAAAUGCCAAUGUUACUAAAGCUUUAUCGGUAACUUCCCUUCUACCAUAUUUGCCUAAAAGUUUUCCAGAUUGAACUAUAACUUGUUGUUGAUGUUCUAAUUCGUCUUUGGUAGUGGUAACUUUAUCCGAUGAUAUUACUAAAGAGGUUUAAAGUAAUAUGAAUUAAAAAUUAUAUCUUGAUACUUAAAAUACAUUGAAAGAAAUAAACUACAUACUUAGCGUAUCCAAUGUA